AUGGAGGGCUCCGAGGAGCUGGAGAGCAGCCUCCUGACACAGCCCUGGGCUUCUGUUUGCUUUGGCGAGUCCACUUUUCUUGCCAAAGUGUGCUUCAGGGAUACUGGCUACAUCCUGCUGAUCUCUGACCUCAGCAGCGUCUGGUACGAGAAUGCAGACGCUGAGGCCGUGGGACAAAGGUCCAAGGAGCUGAACAAGCGGCUGACAGUCCACGUGUCCUCCUUCCUGCACCGCUUGUGCAACCUGAUGUGCCCCUUGCUGGCAGGGCAGCCGGAUGCCACCACCACCUUCUCCUGCCACCGUGCUGCCGGCGGCCUCAGCCUGCACGUGAAGAGCGAGCUCUCAGGACUGCCCUUCUACUGGGACUUCCAUUGCUGCCCUGCUCCCGUGGAGAUG